CCCUCCCGCGAGCUCGAGACUGGGGUGGCGCUGUGGGCUCCGGCCGGCUCCUCACAGAUUUCGGGCGUAUAAGCCCCUGGCGGCGAGAAAGCGCGAGCUCAGGCGCCGGGCUCGCUGAGGGGGUCAGCCGGGACCGGCUCCGCUUGUCUCUUCUAGACACCCUGGAGUCCCCUCAGGCCGGUCCGGUGGGCGCGCACCUGCCAGCAACCCCUGAGCUCUCAGACCAGGGGGCCCCGGAGCCCGAGCCUAAAAAGAUGGCCAACUCCAAGGCCGACUGCCGCUCACCUGUCGGCCUCGACGGCUGUAACUGCUGCCUGGCCCUGGCCAACCGCAGCGAGCUCCAGCGAGAAAACGGCGGGGAGAACAGCGCUCUGGAUCCCCCUUCGGUGAGCAACUUUCGACAGCUGCAGGAGAAGCUAAUCUAUGAGAACCUCAACACCGACAAGCUCAACAGAAUAAUGCGUCAGGAUUCACUAGAGCCAGUGCUGAGGGACCCCUGCUAUCUGAUCAAGGAGGGCAUCUGCAACCGCAAAAUCGACCAGACCAUGCUCUCCAUUCUGCUCUUCUUCCACAGUGCCUCCGGAGCCAGCGUGGUGGCCCUAGACAACAAGAUUGAGCAGGCCAUGGAUCUGGUGAAAAACCAUCUGAUGUAUGCAGUAAAAGAGGAGGUGGAGGUCCUGAAGGGGCAGAUCCGAGAGCUGGUGGAGAAGAACUCCCAGCUGGAGCGUGAGAACACCCUCUUGAAGACCCUGGCCAGCCCAGAGCAGCUGGAGAAAUUCCAGUCCCGGUUGAGUUCCGAAGAGCCGGUUCCCAAGAUCCCACAAGCACCCGAGGCCUCCGGUGGUUCUCCGGUGUAAGUGGCUCUGUCCUCAGGGUGGGCAGAGCCACUAAAUUUGUUCUACCUAGUUCUUCCCAGUUUGUUUUUGGCUCCCCAAGCGUCAUCUCACGUGGAGAACUUUACACCUAGUAUAGCUGGUGCCAAGAGAUGUCCCAAGGAUGUGGCCCCCCGGGCCCACUCCAGUGACAGACCCCUGACAAAGAACAGGUCUCUGGAGGCUGAGUUGCAUGGGGCCUCGUCACCCCAAGCCAGUGAGCCUCUAAUGCCACUGCGCCCUGAGAGCUCCCAAAGCCUGGGCAACUUCACGCAACUGGCAAAGGAGAAAGGUAGUUUGAGAGAGAAAGCCAGGUUGCACCAGAAAGUAUAAGGGGUCUGUUUUCAUUUCCAUCGACAUCUUCAACAGCUUCUCCUGACAAUGACCAUUCUAUGAAGCCACUUGUAUUUCGAGCAGAGGCAACCUCUCUCAUCUCUCCUGCCUUCCCAAGGCAGGGCCGGGGACAGGAGGGAUUGAGCCAAGUCAGCCUUCUGUUGGUUAAUAUGGUAUAAUGCAUGGCUUGGUGCACAGCCUAGUGUGGGAUUACAGCUUUGGGAUGACCACUUGCAAAGUUCUGUUUGGUUAGUAUUGGCAUAGUUUUUCUAUAUAGCCAUAAAAGCAUAUAUAUACCCAUAGGGCUAGAUCUAUAUCUUAGUGUAGUGAUGUAUACAAAUACACAUACACCUACAUGUUGAAGAGCCCAACCAGCUUUGGGAGUACUGACUGGUCCCUUACCUCUUAAGGCUAAUUCUUUGAUCCGUGUUCAUUUACCAAGUUGAUCCAGUAUCACCUUUAGGCUAUGUAAGAAUAAAGAGUAAAGGCAGGUAGGGGGCCAGCCUCUGAAUGCGGCCAUGAACACCUUGCUGCUACUGCAUCCCUCUUCCAUCUGUCCCCUGAAGACAUGUAAGGUCCUCUUUUGAAUGCCAACCCCACCAUUCACUGGUGCUGACUACAUAGAAUGGGGUUGAGAGAAGAUGGGCUGGGACUUUACAUUGUCAUUUGAAAACUUUGUUUGUUUGUGGAAAACUUUCAGGUGAACAGAAUGACUAACUUGCUCGUGUCCUCUUGUGAGCAAGGGAUGGAGAGGGAUGGCUUUGACCCAAUGGUGCCUGGGUGGUGUGCUCAGGGAGCUUGUGUCUAGUGGGUUCUGUGGCAGUGUGAAUACUUUCCAUUUCCUGAUACCUUAUCUUGAUGUGUGUAUCCAGGAUUUGGAUUUUGGUUUUUUAAGUGUAGCUUGAAAUUUCAAUAAAAGUUGCUCUUUUUUUUCUAAAAAUAA